CGCGAUAGGAUCGCUGUGUUGCGCCUCGAGUCUGGUGCGCCACAGAACACUACAACACUGCGAUUCAAUUAUAUAUACAGUGUGCGACAGUCCCAAUUAAUAUAAGCAAAAUGCCCCCCAAGCGCAAGGCCGUCCAGCUUUCGGGUCUCGUCGACACCGACGACGAAGAUGAUGUUAUGCAGAUGGAUGCAAUCGAAGGCGCAAUACGCAGCGACUCAGAGGCAGAGGAGCGCCCAGUCAAGAAACACAGAGGACGACCUCGAUCGUCCGGACAGGGCGCUCCUGAAACAAAGAAAGCCGCAGUGAAGCCUCGAGCGGCUGCAGUAAGGGGCAGACCUCGAGUGAAUAAAGCCCCGCCAGAACCCCAGCCUGAGGAUCCGAUAGAAAGCGAAAUUGAAACGGGGAACGAUGACUCUCUCGAGAUGGAUCCGCGGAGAGACGUCUCUAACGACGAACUGGACUCGCCUAAGAAUGUAGCGCCAGGAAAGAAGACAGGAAGGCCCGCAGGUACACGAGGGCGGAAGAAGGCUGUUCCCGAAAAACAAGUCAGCAAGGAUGGCGAGUUCGAAUACACACCCAAAAACAGCAAGGCGCUGAAAGCAACAGAUAGAGCAGGGCAUGGAGCCAAGAGGACCGCUGGAACCAGACAACGAGCGGAGACGGACGAGAACGAAGUUGCUAUGGAGAGCCAGGCGCCAGAGAUCGAUGAGACUACUCUCUCUCCAGAGAAUUCGAUUCUUCAGUCACGGCAAUUCUCACCUUCGAAGUUUCACAACGCAGGAAAGACGGGGCAACGCGCCUUGCAAGAAUCGCAGAGUCGCUGGAAUGCUGGUAGAAUGGCAGAGGCGGAGAAAAUUGUCGGAGACCCAGAGUUGAAACGGAGAUUGAGCGACAUGACGAAGAGGUAUGAGAGUCUGGAGUCGAGGUUCCGGACUCUUCGAGAUAUUGGUAUCGUGGAGGCAAAUGAAAAUAUGGAGAAGUUAAAGAAACAGUGCGAGACUACGACAGAAGCAUCGAGCAAACUUGUAGCUUCUUUGAAGGAAGAAUUGGCAGCCCAAAAAGCGAUCAGUCAGCAGACGCGAACGAUUCAGAAGAAGUUGAAGGACCGCGAAAUGCAGGUCGGUGACCUCGAAGCACGAGUGGACGAGCUCACGUCAGAGCUGUCGUCCGCCCAGAACGAAAUCAAAAUGCUGCAGACGAAAUUGACAGCUGCCCGCAACACGGUAGCGAACGUAGAGAGCAUCACAUCAAAGGCGCCUGGGAGUGCUGUUAAAAACACUCCGGCAAAUCGAAGCAUGAUGGCCGCCAACGCGGAAGCAGUCCAGGCUGCUCAAAUCGCACAGCUCAAGGAGGAUCUCUAUAGCGAUCUUACGGGUCUAAUCAUCCGCGAUGUGAAGAAGAGGGAAACGGACGAUAUGUACGACUGUAUCCAAACAGGAGCCAACGGAACUCUUCGCUUUAAACUGGCUGUUGCUCACGAGGCAGAGAGCAAGACCACCAGCAGUCUCGAAUCUGCUGAAUUCCACUACAUGCCGUUGCUCGAUGAGAAUCAUGACAGGGACUUGGUGGAGAUUUUGCCGGAUUAUCUUACCGUCGAUAUCACCUUCUCCCGACAGCAAGCUGCGAAAUUCUAUACGAGGGUCAUGGACGCGUUGACUAAGAGAAGGGCAGACUGAAGAUUUUGUUUAAGAUGAAUUCUCUUACAGCAACAACGUUUCACAGUCUUCUGUUGACUGGGUUGGUGAAUCAAAGAUGGAUUUGGGUGAUCUUUACUGGCGUUACUGUUGCAUACUUCAUUGCAUACUUAUGGAAUACCCUGGGCGACAGCGAGAGGUUAUAUAAAGACAAUUAGCUUAGUUACCGUAAUGUUUUCACGACAUGACUGUCAAAGACUCUCCGAUCCUGAGUCGUCAUGAUAGGAUCAUCCAUGAUUGGCACAUGAGGUGCAACGCAAUUGUUUAUGUAUAGAUUGUUCAAUCCAUCGUCAUCUAUUCAG